UGGAGAAUCCCAUGGACAGAGGAGCCUGGUGAGCUAUAUAGCCAUAGGGUCACAAAGAGUCAGACAUGGCUGAGCGACUGAACAACAAACUACACAUAACAUAAAAUGAGCCACCUUAACCAUCUUCAGUGUUCGGGUCUGUGGUAUUAAGUACAUUUGUUAUGUUGUGCAGCCACCAUCAUCCUCUCCAGAGCUCUGCAUUUUGCAAAACCUGAAGUCUGUUCCCAUGAAACACUAACUCCUCAUUCCCCCUUCCCCGCAGCCCCUGGCCACCACCGCUCUACUUUAUAUCUCAAUGAAUUUGACUCUUCUUGGGGCCUCAGAUGAGCUGAAGUAUACAGUAUUUGUUUUUUGGGGGGACUGGCUUAUUUUACUUAACAUAAGGUCCUCAAGGUCCGUCCACGUGUAGCACGUGUCAGAACUUCCUUGUUUAAGGCAGAAUGCUAUUGGCCAGGGUAAUAUCAGGCCGCUCUGCUGUCUCGCUGAGCUCCCAGGAUAUCUGUGCCAGAUGCGGCUUAGUUAGAAAUAUACCGGGCUGGAGCCUCCUCAUCCCUUCCCUGUUCUAGGAGGUUGGCCCCUACCUCCUGCGAUGGCCCCUGAGGCAGGCUCUUCCCCCAGCAAAUACCCCCAUCAAGCAUCUGCCAUGACUCUACAGGAAGAUUCCUGGCUCCAACUGACCUUCGAAGGAGGUGCUGGGAUACAGGGUGGCAAAAAAGCCAUGAAGCUGCAGGUUCCAAUUCCUCAUCCCACCUCUGGCACUAAUUUUCACUCAGGAUUCAACAGAUAUUUACUGAGUACCCUCACAUACCAGGCAUGUGUGACCAAGUUGCUGUGUGACCCUGGGCACAUGCCCUGCCAUCUCUGGGUCUCAGUCUCCUCAUCAGGGCUAAACGAGGUCUAAGGGCCCUUCUGGUUGUAAAAUGCGUAGAUGACUAAAUGAAGGUGGCCCUUUCCCUGGGUGUCACCUGGAGCUUCCCACCACCAGCGGCGGGCUGCACAUGUGCAUGCUGUGAUUGGGGCCAGCUCGUGCCCACAGCUCUGCAGAUGUUUCCUGUCCUCGUGCCGUGAGACACAGGAGGCAUUUUCAGUCAGCACCUCCGAAAUGCUUCCAGAACCAGACCCUGCUCCAGCCAUGACACUGCCCAACUACCUGUUUCCUGUCUCUGAGCCCGACGCCCUAAACAGGGCUGGUGACACUGGUGACCAAGAGGAGAACUGUCUGGAGGGGAAGGUCCCCAGAGAAGAGAGCUCUAAGAAGACUGGAAAAUCCAAGAAGAGAAUCCGGAAGACCAAGGGCAACCGCAGUACCUCACCUGUCACUGACCUCAGCAUCCCCAUUCGGAAGAAAUCGAAGGAUGGCAAAGGCAGCACCAUCUACCUGUGGGAAUUCCUCCUCGCACUUCUGCAAGACCGGAACACCUGCCCCAAGUACAUCAAGUGGACCCAGCGAGAGAAAGGCAUCUUCAAGCUGGUGGAUUCUAAGGCAGUGUCCAAACUGUGGGGGAAGCAGAAGAACAAGCCUGACAUGAACUAUGAGACGAUGGGCCGGGCACUCAGAUAUUACUACCAACGAGGCAUCCUGGCCAAAGUGGAAGGGCAGAGGCUGGUGUACCAAUUUAAGGAGAUGCCCAAGGACCUGGUGGUGAUCGAAGACGAGGAUGAGAGAAGCGAGGUCACAGCCACAUCCCCUCAGGCCUCUGCUCCCUCCACCUCCUCUGGUGGCAGCUCCCGGAGAGCCAGUUCCCGGGUCUCGUCCAGAGCUGCCCCGCAGGGCAAGGGUGACACUUCCUGGGAAAAGCCGAAGGUGCAGCACGUUGGUCUCCAGCCAUCUGCGAGUCUGGAAUUGGGACUGUCUAUAGACGAAGAGAUCCCCACUACCUCCGCCAUGCUUGUCUCUCCACCAGAGAGCCAGGCCAAAGUCACCAAAGCUGUGAGUACUUCUGCCGUGCCCAGCAACAUCCACUUAGGAGUGGCCCCCGUGAGGUCGGGCUCGGCCCUGACCCUGCAGACCAUCCCGCUGACCACAGUGCUGACCAACGGGCCUCCUGCCAGUACUACUGCUUCAACCCAGCUCGUUCUCCAGAGUGUUCCACCUGCUUCCACCUUCAAGGACACCUUCACUCUGCAAACCUCCUUCCCCCUGAACACCAGUUUCCAAGAGAACCAGGUGGCAGCACCGGGGGCUCCACUGAUUCUCAGUGGCCUCCCCCAGCUUCUGGCUGGGGCCAACCGUCCGACCAAUCCGGCACCACCCUCAGUCAUGGGAGCUGGCCCAGCGGGGCCCAGCUCUCAGGCCCCUGGGACUGUCAUUGCGGCCUUCAUCAGAACUUCCGGUGCCACCACAGCCCCUGGGGUCAAGGAGGGGCCACUGAGGCCCUCGUCCUAUGUGCAGGGCAUGAUGACUGGGGCCCCCAUGGAGGGCCUGCUGGUUUCUGAAGAGACCCUCAGGGAACUCCUGAGGGAGCAGGCUCACCUUCAGCCACUUCCAACCCAGGUAGUUUCAAGGGCUUCCCACAGUCCGAGCCUUCUGGGAAACCAGACUUUGUCUCCUCCCAGCCGCCCCACUGUUGGGCUGACCCCAGUGGCUGAACUUGAGCUCUCCUCGAGCUCAGGGUCCCUGUUUACGGCUGAGCCUAAUGUAAGCACACCUGGGAGCCUGCUGACUAGAUCCCCAACCCCAGCCUCCAUCUCCCCAUUCAACCCCACUUCCCUCAUUAAGAUGGAGCCUCAUGACAUGUAAAUGAAGGGGGUCAGGGGGAAAUGUGACUGCCAGGCAAAGUUGAGCAGCAUUUGUACACGGACUUCCUCUAAGAGAGACUGACUGAAGUAGCACACCAGCCCUUACAUUUCAGCAGGGUGUCAAUACAACAGACCCCCAUGCCCCACCCCUGCUUGGUGUCACCAUGGCCAAGACAGGCCCAGUUGGAGCGUCCCUGGUGUCAGACCAUGGCUUUUAAGAGUACUAGGGGAUAUGCUCUUGUCGGGGUAAUGGGCUGACUUCCUGAUGGAGGCAAACCUUCUGAGAUGUUUGUAACCAGGGCUGGGGUAGGAGCUUCAUGAGAAGAGUCUUUUCACCUGGCUGUAUUCCACCAUCUUCUUUCCCUCCGCAGAGUAUUUACUAUGCCAUAUGUGAAUAUCUCUGUAUGUAUUUUUGUGUACUUGUGCGUCGUCUUUGGUGAGGACGGGGGUGUAGCUGUGAGGUCUUCAAGGGUGUGUGUCUCUCUGGAGGUCAGCCACAGAGAUGGGGAAUUUUUUGUUUGGAGGGAAAGCAUUCUCCAGUUCCCUUUGUACAAGCCAAGAUUUGUUCUGAGACUAUGGGGUACAGGUUUGAGCCCCCAAAUCUGGAGAGAUGUCACAGAGCUGGGGUAGGUCUGGGGAGGAGAGUUUUGAUGGGUGUGUUUGUUGGGGAAGACGGAAUUGUAGGGGACAAGGAGAAAGCCAUGUGGGAUAAAACCCUGAAGAGAGGGAAGGAAUUCAGCCCUGUGGAGCAGCCCCACAGGCUAGACCGAGGUCUUCUUGGGCUCAGCCUCAUUGCCCACCAGUCAUUUGCUAGCAGGCCAGAUCCUUAAUCUCCCAAGUGCUUUGUGCCCCUCCAGGGUCAGACUCAGCCACAAGGUCCCCAGGGGAAGGGGACUAAAUAAUCGAUGUUUGCACCCAGGGCUUGGGCUGUAAUUCUAGCCUUCACGGCCACCCUGCUCUGCAUCCCAAAUCCUGGCUUCCAUCUUGGUUAAUUUCGCCCCUGCCAUCCACUGCUGGCAGGCGAUGCAGGGGACGUUGGGUAACCACAUGCUCGGGGUCUGCUUCCGUCCCUGCUCAUGCCUCCUUGCUGGUCAGCCUGCUUUCUAUUCCCCUCACAGGUCUGCCCACGCACCCACUCCCUCUAUGGCUGCAGUAGACCUCCUCCAGUGGGCCGAGGUCCUUGAUGGCCAGCCUUCUCACUUCACCCUGACACCUCCUCCAUGAAGAUGGGGCCUGAACCUGUGAGCUCCUGUCCUUUCUGUCCUUCCGCAUGCCUUCCUUCCACCUUUCCUCUUUCUGAGAAGGGGGUCAGCCAGUUAUCUCUUAAAGUCCACCCCUCGGCAGGGGGCCUUGAUGCCCUCCGCUCUCUCUUCUGUGAAUUUGCCUUUGUCUCUCCUGCCAGGUUUGGGAGCAAGCUCUACUAUGUCAGCCUCGGAAACAGUGAUAGGAUCUGGUAAAUGUGGUUACUGUGAAUUGGUGCAUCAGGACCCUUGCUGUGUCCUUGACACAAAACCAGCCACUUGACCUCACUACCUCCCCUGGUUGCCCUUCUCUUUCUCUCCUUCUGGUCACUGCCAAGCCCAUUAUCAUGCUCUGUCACCUCUUGUUCUCCCCCUUCUCCACCCUGGGAGGGAACCAUGUAUGGUUGUGCGGGUAUAUUUCUUACAUGUCUCCAGCACUUGGCAUUAAUGUUCCUUUUUCUAAUAAAAUCAGCUUAUGAUGACA